UCAAAUAUCCUUCACCCCCUUUUUCUCUCUUGCUUCACCUUUCUUUUCUCUCUAUUAGUUAAUUAACAUCUUUGAUUCAAAUCCCUUUUUAAUUUCUUCAACAUCCUUGCCCAUUUCAUUUACUUCCCUUUUUAUUUUCCCACUCCUUUUUUGGUUUAUUGUUUUUAGGCAAUACUGCAAAGUCCCAUGGGUGCAUGUUUGAGCAAGAAGAAAGGGUCAACUACUUCUCCAGGUGCAACUUUUCAGGUUCCUUCUAAGCUAAAGGAUUCUGAAAAUGGUGGUGUCACCGCCACCCUAUCCAAACCCACCAACCCAGAAAUGAACCUCAAUAAUGAGAAGAACACCGUGCAAGAGAAACAUGACACAGUAGUGGUAGCAGCAGCGCAUGAAGGUGAAAACCAAGUGAAAAAAGAGAUUUUUAUCAUUAAGCACAGGAAGAGCCACGAUGAAAGGAGCUCCAAGAUUCAACCUUGCACUGCUCAGCAGAACCUGUCAGCAUAUUCAAAUGAUGGGUCAUCCUCAGAAUCUGCCGAAUCAAUGGGAAACAACAAGAACAAAAUUGCACCUUCUACACCAAACAUUGCUGCUAGUGGUGUGAGGACCUCAAGCUGCACAAAAGAAGAGGUGGAUGCAAUUCUGAUCCAGUGUGGGAGGCUCAGCAGAAGCUCUUCUGGUAGAGCUGCCUCUUCUUCUGGUGGGAGAAAGUACUCAGGCUCAAAGAGAAGCUUUGAUUUUGAUCACUGUGACAAUGAUGCUAAUUCCAAUGAUGAUGACCAAAGGAGGGGCAAUGCUACUACAACUGACAACAGUGAUUUGUGUGAGGAAUAUGAUGGGGUAGCCACCGGGAACCGCCACCGUGCCCAACACCGCCAGCGCAACCGCCAGUCACCGAGGCCAUCUCCAAGGAGAAGGACCCCAAGCAGAGAACGGGACCAGCAGCAGAAUCAAAGGUCUAGCAGCAGGGAGAGGAGGGUGAGUAGAUCUCCUGGAAGAAGGUCAUCAGAGACAACAAACGGUGCCAAUGGCAAUGGAAGCAACAAUGGAAAUGGCAACCACAAUAGUGCAGGUUCUACUAGGCCUGGGAAGUUGGUGUCCGUUCCUGCCACUGUUACAUCACUGGUCAUGGAUAAGAGUAACAAUGGAAUUGGUGGAGGAGAAUCUGCAGCGGCUACAGGUGUCAAAAGGAUAACUGUUAAGAGAAAUGUUGGUGAAUGUGGUGUGGCUGGUUCAAGGGGUGCAGCAUCACCACGGUCUCAGUCUCCCGCAAGAGCACAAUCUCCCGCAAGAGCACUCUCUCCUGCAAGAGCACACUCUCCUGCAAGAGGAAACAAUGGGAAUGCAGGGAAUCAGCAGCAACAACCUUCAAUUAGCCGCAACAACUCUUCAAGGAAAACUGAACAGUCUCCUUAUAGAAGGAAUCCAUUGAAUGAGAUUGAUCCUAAUUCCCUUUCUUAUCCACAAUCAAAUGCCAACAAUAGCAGCAGCAACAAGGUGCAAAACAGACCCAAGAAGGACGCUGAAGCAGAAGCUAAUCAGAAAGGUGUUACUGCAAAUUGCAAGGUGAAGGAGCAACAAGAGGAAGAGUGCAAGGGAAUGGCAUCAAUGAACAAUGACAAUGUUGUGGUGAAGACAAUAGUGCCAUCAGGUGUUGCUGACAACAUCAAACCCCAAUCUCUAACAAGAAGCAGGUCAUCAAGAAGAUCAAGGGACUUAGAUCUCAACCCUGAAACACUAAUGAACCCUGUACCACAGUCCUAUACCUCCCUCCUUCUUGAAGACAUCCAAAACUUCCACCAAAAGAACACAAACACAACACAGCCUUCCAUUUCUCUCCCAGCUUGUCUCUCCAAAGCUUGCUCGAUCCUCGAAGCUGUCGCCGAUCUCAACUCCACCACAAGCCCAAACUUCUCUGCUGGUGCAUUCUCUGAGGACAAGAAAACUCCAUCACUAGGUGCGAAUAACAGUAGCAACCAUUAUGCAAAGAAGAGGGUGGAGCCAUUUGUGGAAUCCGAGGUAGUUGUGAGUGAUGAUGUGAUGGAACCAAGCUUGCACAAGUAUGUGACAGUGAAGAGGGGUGGUUCAGUUUGUGGGGUAGUGGACAUGGAAGACCAAGAAUCUUCAGGUAGCAACAGCUUCAUCACUCAAAGUGGCCAAAUACAACAGCAAAAUCAGUGGGGCAUUUCAUCAAACACAUGGGAAGCAAACUCAGCUGAUUCAACAGAUUGUUGGAGCUCAAGGUUGAUGGAAGGUAGUGACGCUGUGGCUGAAGCUAGAAAAGCAUUGAACUGCAAGAAAAGAGAGUGUGAUGAUCAUCAACAUAGCAGCGGAAUUGGGCGCGGAAGGCUUAGUGGUUCUUCUUCUUCUUCUUCUAAAGUUCUUCAUCACCACAACAGUAUACCUGUUGCAUCAACAUAACAGAUGGAAUUGUGGUGAUUUCUUGUUUGUAACGUUGAAUAUGCUUCAACAGUUCAUCUAGUUUGAAGUUGCAUACUUUGCAACACUUUCUUGUUUUUCAAUUUAAGGCUAAUUCUCAAUUAUCUUUGUUCAUUGAAGUGAAAACACUUGCUGUUAUGAUUGGAUAAAACAGC